AUGAACCAAGACGAGGAGCUCUCGAAGGACGGCGACUCGACCCUGAAGGAGGCCGGUGGACCCGGCGAGGCCGCUCGGAAACGAAAGCCGCGCCGUAACCGCACCACGUUCACCUCCGCGCAGCUGUCGGCGCUGGAGCGGGUCUUCGAGCGCACCCACUAUCCAGACGCGUUUGUCCGCGAGGAUCUGGCGCGCCGCGUCAGCCUCAGCGAGGCACGAGUUCAGGUAUGGUUCCAGAACCGGCGCGCCAAGUUUCGGCGUAACGAGCGUAGUUUGCUGGCGCAGAGAACUCCGGCGUUGGGUCUGACCUCGGCCGGGGCGGAGCCGGUCACGGGGGUAGAACAGCCGCUGGCGCCGCGACCCACAGGAUCGCUCUGUGCAGCAUCCGUACCUGUCAGCCCCGUGAGCUCCGACUAUCCCAUCUACUCAACGUGGAAACCGGCGGGGCCCGCCCACUACACCAUGAUUGGUCCGUCGCUCAUCGGCUCGACCAAUAGCAGCGCGGCGUGCGCUAUGGUUCCGGCGCCGGCCGGGUCGUCGGCUGCCGCCUCUCUGGCCUACUCGGCUGGCCAGGCGGCGGCCGCCGCGGCCGCUGCCGCCGGCUUCGGCGGUCUGACGGCUCCCCGCGGCGGUCUCGGCACCUUCCGACUCCGCCCGCCCGACUACCCACUGCACUAGUGACAUCUAGCGGCGACCUGCGAGGCGUCAAAGCCUCAGCGCGGGUGGCAGUGGCGGCGGCCUUAUGUAAACGCAGUUGGUUUGUUAAUUUCAGCUGCGGGGCUGAAUGAACUGUCGAAACGGUGCACUGCCUGAGCCUUGGCGGAGCCAGUGAACACGCUGUAAAUGAGGACAUUUUUUUGUAGUUCGGCUUUUCGUAUAGGUAGGUCUAAGGUUUUCAUCGAUUAGCUGACGCUAAGGCUGCAGAAUUGCGCUAGCUCGUAUUUAUGAUGUAUUGAUGUGCUAGUCGGAUUUCGCUCAUGGGCUAGAUGAGCGUGCGGUGCUAUUUCGCAACCU